AUGUUUGUGCACCUAGCUGGCCCCGUGUCCAGAGACUCAGUGGCCCAAAAUACAAACGACCUUUUAAACUUCAUCAACAGCCAUGAAAACAAGCGGAUUUUCGUCCAGCUCUCCAACAGUGACUAUGCUUUCUACGACUACCACCGUAAUCUCGUCGGUACUGCCCGCUUCCCCCUAAAAAAUAAGUACCAACAACAACCGUAUGUUGCGAAUGGCUACAUUGGCAGCAGAAUCCCCAACUUGGGACAGGGGUUCACCUACGACCAGUUGGACAACUCCGACAACAACACUGACAACUUGAGUAACGGGUGGCCCUUGUUCAACCAGCGAUACGCCGGAGCGUUUGUGGCGGGAUUUUUCGAUAUCCAGCACAAUACCACCCAAACCAACUUCCCCGAGUUGCUCGCCAACGGCUACGAGAGCGUGAUUGCGGCCAUUCCCCAGUGGACGUCCCUCCAGUUGGCUGCAAAAAUCGCGAACUCCACCGCCACCUUGGACCCGGCUGCCGCCACGGCGCACCAGGGUUCGGUCUCAGACUACGUCCAAACAAUGUCUUUGAACCAUGGGGUGGUCACCACCGAGUUCACGUGGCUCAACACCUUUCGUGUCAAGUACCAGGUGCUUGCGCACCGGAAAUAUGUCAGUUUGGGAAUCGUCAAUUUGCAGGUGCUGAACUUGAACAACUCCGAUGCAGAGUUGACGGUUGAAGACAGACUCGAUUUUGCAACCGCACAGCGGUGCCAGUUGGUUGAUGUGGGCCACGAUAGCACCGGUAUCUAUAUCAAUUUCCAGCCCCACCAGAUUGACUAUAUCAACGGUACCGUCUACUCAAGAUUGGAAUCGAGUUUGAAAGCCAACUUUUCCAGAACUAAGAACCACACUAGAGUCAGUCAAAAGACCAAAUUGCACCUCAAGAAACGAUCUUCCGUAACUCUCACCAAGUACGUCGGUAUCGUCACCACAGACUUGGAUCCACAAGCUUACAAGUCUAGUGAACACUUGCUCAACUUUGCCAAAAAGACGGCUUUGCACAGUGGAAGCUUUACCCAACUAUUCGAAGAGCAUCAAGAAGAAUGGGAUAAAACCUUGAAGUCCUCUGUGGCCAUCACAUUUCCAGAUGACCAGUUGUUGACGAUGACAAGUAGAGCGUCGGCUUUUCAUUUGGCUGCAAAUACUCGACCUGAAGCCCAGGGAGUCACCGGGGCUCUUGGAGUCGGAGGAUUAUCGUCAGACUCUUAUGCUGGGUUGGUUUUCUGGGACUCAGACUUGUGGAUGUUGAAUGGAAUUCUUCCUUUUGUACCCGAUAGAGCCAAAAGUAUCGUAAAUUACCGAAUCCACACCCACGAACAAGCCAUUGAUAAUGUACCUAAAGGCUAUAGUGGUGCCGUUUACCCUUGGACAAGUGGACGGUUUGGUAACUGUACUGCUACGGGUCCUUGUUUGGACUAUGAAUACCACAUCAACAUGGCGGUGUCAUUUGCGGCAUGGCAGGUGUACUUGAGUGGGUACGGUGAUGAUGAAUAUUUGAAAGACACGGUAUUUCCGUUGAUAUACGAUGCUGCUUCUUUCAUGGCCGACUACGUCCAGUACAACUCGUCGUUGAAAGCAUAUACUACCCACAACUUGACUGAUCCAGACGAAUAUGCCAAUCAUGUCGAUAAUGGGGCCUACACAAAUGCCGGUAUUUCUUCGUUAAUGAAGUUUGCAGUGGCUAUAGGCUCUCACCUUGAGGAAGACAUUCCUUCGAACUUCACAAAUAUCGCAGGAAAUAUGAACCUUCCAUUUUCUGAUGGUGAUGACGACAUCACCUUGGAAUAUACGGGCAUGAAUUCAAGUGUGGGAAUCAAACAGGCCGAUGUGGUGAUGAUCACAUACCCUUUGAACAAUGAGCUUAUCACGAAAGACCAGGCCUAUACAAACAUGCAAUUCUACGCCAUGAAACAAGUGAAUUAUGGGCCUGCCAUGACAUUCCCAAUCUUUUCGAUUGUGUCGUCGGCGUUGUCACUAUCGGGAUGUUCUUCCCAGUCUUAUCUCUACAAAGCCAUGGGUGCGUAUCUCAGAACACCUUUCGCGCAGUUUGCUGAACAAAAUAACGACGAUUUUGCAACCAAUGGAGGAACACACCCAGCUUUCCCAUUUUUGACAGCACAUGGUGGAUUCUUACAAGCGGUACUCCAAGGCUUAACCGGCUUGAGAUAUGAUUUUGAGGUCAAAGAUGGCCAGAUAAACAGAAUGUUGGGGUUCGAUCCAAUUAGCGUUCCUCUAGUGGGAAAAGCCGGUGUCAGGUUCGAAGGUGUAAAGUACAUGAAUAACUCCCUCUCAUUGAAAGUUAACGAGACUUAUUUUAUUGUCUCUAACAACGGUCCUGUUGACGAGUACACAAAUGCUUCGGAGACCAUAACCAUUAAAAUAGGAGAUAGAAACAUCAAGGCCGGAAAGUAUGAACUCGAAGAAGGAGACAUUUUGGAGAUUCCUCUAACAGUUCCCAAAGCUUCUUCUCCUGACUCCGUAUGUGAGUGUGCAUCUGCCACCUUUACCAACAUCACCGAAGGCGCUUUUGGCGACAGUGCUUUUCUGAUCAACGAUGGUGAUAAUUUCACUCACUGGCAAGCCAAGUACAAUGAUACCACUGCCAAAGUGUUGAUUGACUUAAAAGAGUUCAAAAAUAUCACCGGUGGUGAGAUUAACUGGGGCGACUCGCCCCCACAGAAUUGGUCUCUAUCUUUGUUUGAGCUCCAAAGAGACUGGGAUACUCAUGAGCUUUUAGCUUCGGUCGACUUUGGGGGAGAUGUGAACAACCAGUAUCGCUUCUUUAAGACCGACCAGGACAUUAUCGACCAGGACGAUGCUUUCACAGUUCUUAUUGAAGAAGAUGUAGAGAUCUCCUCACCGUUCAACGAGAGCGAGUUCUUGGUAGUUGAGGUUCCAGACAAAUUCAACAUCACCAGAUUCGAGUUGGACGACCCGGCUCUUGCAAAAUUCUUACUUUUAGAGUUUUCCAACAUCCACAACAAAGAGCCUGUGGAUCCGUCAUCUACAGGAGGGGGGAAGCUUUACGAAGUUAUGUUAUUUUGAACAAAAAUUUAGAUAUUGUCUUAGUUAAAGCAAAUGGAAAACCUAUACAAUUCAAGGCUAUUAUUGAAGAGCCUCGGCCAUGUUGAUUAAACGUUUAACACCAGCAUGCCAAUGGCCGACUUCUUCUGGGAAUGAAGAUGCAAAUGAAAGCACUAAUGUGCUGGCAGCCUGAUACUCUUUGGCUUCUAAUUUGCUAGAAAUCUCCCUCAAGAGUUCAAUACCACCCGCAGACAAUAACUCACUGUUGUUUAAAUGAUCGUAAAGAAUAUUCAAUCUCUUUUCCAUAUCUUCGCCAUGCUUAGCAUACUUCUCUGGAAUAUUAGGUUUGAGGGCUUCGUACGCCGAGCUGAAUACCUGGUAUAUUGGUAAAGAUUCAGCAGGAAUAUGAGAUCUGUCACCAGCUGGGAACUUUUCAAUUACUGGGGCUUCUACUGGAAUUGGAACUGCUGGUGGUUGAGAGAGCAGCGGAGGUCCAGUAGGGGGAGGUCCUGAAACUGGUCCUGAAGGUGGAGGAGGGAUUGAGCUCAUCGAUGGACGAGAGCUCAAACCUUGGUAAGGAGAUUGAAUGAUUGGCCUGGGGGCAAUCAUUCCACCACUUGGAACCCUACUGGGUGGGGCCUGCGGCACUGCAGGUUCAGCAGGUGUCGAUGGCAUGUAAGGGUUCCUCACAGGUUGACUGUGUGAAGCUCUAGGAGAAACAGUAUUCAGAACCGGGCCUGACGGAGGGACUGAUGAUGUUGGAGGAGCGUAGGCCGAGGCAGGAGGAGCAUACGGGUUUCUAGGAGUAGAACCAGGAAAAGAACCACUAGGGCCAGCAACCACUGGGGUUUGAGAGGGUGAAGCAACAGUUCCGGGGGGUGGGGCGUAUCUCUUAGUUUGAACAGGAGUCAGACGAGGUGAUGACACCGUAGGAAGAGAAGCUUUGGAAGGAUUCCGCGAUGGGGCUCUAGGGGGUCCUGAAUGAGGAGCUCCUGGAGGAGCUCCUGGAGAAGACACAGACGAUCUCUGAGGUCCCAAGGCAGGCUGAGGGAAAGCCGUGGGAGCAGGAGAUACGGCGGCAGCUGCUGCACGACGAGCCUCAGGUUUUUGCUUAAAAGUCUCAGGAAGAUCGUUCCAACCAUCGGUCACCUCCUUAUAUUUUGGCUUGGCUGCCAAUGGUGGAGGAGCAAUGCUAUGAGGUUCUCCUGGUGCACCCACAGAUGACUGUGGUCUCAUAUAUGGAUUGAUGGGAGCAGCGUAUGGAUUCGAAACAGCAGGCUUCAUAUAUGGGUUCGAAGGAGCACCAACUGCCGGCUUCAUAUAUGGGUUUAAAGGAGCAGCAAUAGGAGGAACCUGAGAAACUGGGGUUUGUGGAAGAGCCUGGAUAGGAGUAAAUUGAGAACCUGGUGACUGUGCCUGAGCAUAC